AUGGAUGCAGACGAUGACUGGGACGGGGACGGGGAUGAACACUCUCACGACCUCAUCCACGUACCUCUCGACUCUCACCAAGGACGAACGGUGCUGCCGAGCCCUAUAGCAAAGGCCGUCAGUCUUGCCACUCGCUCAACAUGUUUAGCAAUCCGUGUUGGCACCCUCAUUAGCUCGUACGGCUUCGAUGCGGCCAAGUUCACCACUCUAUCCAGUCUGGAGCUCAGCAGGGGCAUACUCGAAGGAAUUCUCAGCAGAUCUGGGAGAGAUAUGCUUGUACGCUCCAACAGCGACCUGGGCAGAGAAGAUGCGGAAACCGUCCUCGAGAGGAGCUUGGAGCAUUUGCAUAGUGCCAUGUCGCAAAUCGUUUUCUGGACUACCACCGGCUUUCAGAUGACGAGUACCACCAUUUCCGUCGCUUCAGAGAUAUCUCAACUUCUUCUUUCGUCUCUCGAUCAGUUCUUUGGCUCGACCGACUCUUCACGUGCCAUUGCAAGCAUCAUCACUUUAAUUCGCCGCGAGUUUCAGAAUCCCGCGACUGGUGUGGAGGGUGAGCGUGUGGGUGUUGUAGAUCUGGUCAUGGGCUUGUGCGCGUUGGCCUACCUGCAGCGCAAAUGUCGACGUUUCCUCGACGAAGAGACAAGACGACUCGGCCACGAUGAGAUCGUUUGGGAUGUUGUUGUACUCAACGACGGGGAGCGGGUCGACAUCCACGAAAAUAGUCUGUACGGGGUGCACAAAGGCCGCUACAGGAGUAAGGGUCCCGAUAUUUUGGUUUCCGUCCCAGGAGACCAACCGAGUCCCGGUAUACUAGCGACCAUCGAACGACAUGGUGAGCGAGAAACCAGCGAAGACGAAGAUGACUACGACUUGCCAGAAAUUCGCCUCAAGAAUCAGAUCUUGCGGUCUAUGCCUGCAGAUACAAGCGUCUCCAUCUCAACAACGACCCUGACGAGGAAGAUGAUUACCGUGGACUUUACGGGACCUGAACCCCCAACUUUGACACCACCUCCAGGCGUCGAGGUCGUUGAGCGAGAGGUUUUGUCAUCUUCAGAGGGACCAAGGGAGCAAUUAGUGAGGCAUCAAGACGUUCCAACCUACCGGGUCGUCUACAGAGUCGACAAGAGCAAACAUCGAAACACGACAAUCCAAGGCUUCGAGGAGGCAGAAGACAACUCUCGAAAAGUGGAAUCACUUGACGACACCGAGGAGUCGGAUGGAUAUGGUCGAAACGACGAAAAGGACGAACCGCCACCCGUACCACCCAAGAAGGCGCUGAACUCAGCCCCCGCCAGUAAUCCGAGGUCAGAUGUGACAUCCAACCCGACCCCUCGCCGAGCAAAGGUUGGUCCGGGUUUCCCGUCGACUUCGCCCGGCAGCCGAGUCUCUCAGAUCCCAACGCCCAAGCAGAGUCCAGAAAACGCACCAAACCAAAAGCGACAGCGCGCGCCCCUAGGCCCCUUGCCAGUGCGGGCACGUCAGGAGAAUGCCGUCUCCUCGCACGCCGAAGCCGCCACGCCCAAGAGAACCAAAGGCGAGCCCUUGUCAAGCAGCAAACCAUCGGAGAAGCCCACGACCGAGAAAAAAGGGGGCAUCAGGCAAGCUUUGAAAAGGGGUACCAGCUCAAACAUCUCCAAUCUCUUCCAUCGAGACGGAACCGGCACUGGCAGCUCGCAGCCCACAGGGAAACCCAAGCAGUCGGCCAAGACUUCUGCAAGAGAUGGGACAACACGAACCUCUACCCAGCCCAGCCGUCCAUCCCAGACCCGGGCCAUGGGCCCGACUGCUGCCUCCAGCUCGAGAGGCCGGGCCUAUGAAAACCCCUCACCCGUACCUCGCAGCUCUUCGCGAGCCAGUUACAUCUCUGUACACGAGCGGCGUCGAGACUCGAUUGUGUCACAGACGGACACCUACUCCUUCCACGCUGUAGACGGAUAUCGGCCCCAGUCUCCGGGAUACACCCGCCGUGACGCCAUGGGCCAACCUAGCAUCCCCAAGUCGCGGUCAGAGAAGGACAUGAACGAUCAGAAGCCAGCAUCGCCGAUGAAGUCCAGGAGGGCGCGUUCCCACGUCAACACGCCGAGCCUCUACAGCAUUGCCAAUACUGGUUCCCAGACGUCACUGGUUCUGUCAUCGUACUACCAGAAGAGCGCAUACACCGACUCCGAAGCCAUCGACACCUUGAGGCGAGCAGGUACAGUGGAUGGUGUUUUCCCGGCAUUUCACCUGCUCCGAAAUAUCACGCGAUACAUGCGAUUCUCUUCUGCGUCAUACGGGUCCAACUUUCUCAAGUUCAUGGGCAUCUCAAAGGACAUGCCCCUGAUCAAAGCGUUGGAUGAUACGCACCACGAGAUACGCUCAUUUGCGCACCACACGGAAUCCGAAUCCACAAGUAUCCUCCUCGCCUCCUUCGUCGACGCCCAGGGCGGAUCCGAUACCACCGGCUCAACCGGUACCGGCGUCCCCUUGGUCCACUACAUCUCCCUCGACCACGAAUCCAAAGCCGUCGUGCUCGCGUGCCGCGGUACCCUCGGCUUCGAGGACGUCCUGGCCGACAUGGCCUGCGACUACGACAACCUCUAUUGGCGCGGCAAAUCCUACAAGGUCCACAAGGGCAUCCACGCCUCGGCCCGCCGUCUCCUCUACGGCGGCGACGGGCGCGUCCUCUACACUCUCAAGGAGGCCCUCGACGAGUUUAGCGACUACGGCCUCGUCCUGUGCGGCCACUCGCUCGGCGGCGGCGUCACGGCGCUGCUGGGUACCAUGCUCGCCGAGCCAUCGUCCUCGGGUACGGGGUUCGUCACGACCUCGGACCCACACCGCCGGCUUCUCGGCGAUGGACGCCUCCUCGACGCAGACACCACACAUGUCUGCCUCCCCUCGGGCCGCCCCAUACACGUCUACGCCUACGGCCCUCCCGGAACGAUGUCCCCCGCCCUCCGCAAAGCCACCCGCGGCCUCGUUACCAGCGUCGUCCACGGCUGCGACCUCGUCCCCUUCCUCUCCCUUGGCGUCCUGCACGACUUCCAGGCCGUCGCCCUCGCGUUCAAGAGCGACAACCACGAGGCGAAAGUCGAGGUCAAGCAGCGAAUAUGGCAGGCCUUCCAAUCCGGCCUGGCAGAGAAGUGGUACACCAACAGCGGCUCCCGCUCCUCCUCCAUGACCGCCGCCGACGAGGAUAAGUGGAGCAUCUCGGCGCUGACGACGCUGCGCUCCAGCAUGAUGAGCCUGAAGCUGUUGCCGCCGGGCGAGGUGUUUAUCGUCGAGAGCCAGCGGGUGCUGAGGCGCGACGCUUUUCUUGUUUCUGACGAGGAGUCUAUCGGCCGGCCUGCGCAGCGGAUUGUGCUCAAGUAUGUCAGGGACGUCGAGUCGCGCUUCAGGGAGGUGCGGUUCGGUACGAGCAUGUUGAUCGAUCACAGCCCGGCCAAGUAUGAAGAGGCUUUGAAUAAACUGCGGUUCGGGGUUGUUGAAAGUUGA